AUGAAGUUCAUUUUCUGUAUUCUCUUUGUCCUCGGAUGUGCCAGUGCUCAGUUCAGUGCAACUGCUCAAGAAGCCAUCUUACAAAUCCACAAUGACCUAAGAUCCUCUAUUGCCAAAGGAGACUAUAGUGUGAAUGGAACCGGCCUAGAAGCAUCAUCCAACAUGCGUAAAAUGAAAUGGGAUUCGUGUCUAGAGAGAUCUGCUCGAAACUUAGCCAAGAGCUGUCCAGAUAAAACAUACAAAGGUGCUAAAUACGGGGAAAACGUCUUCGUUUCUCAUACUCUUUACCCCGAGAACACUUUUAACAGAAUAGGAGUGAUGGGCGCGGCAAUUUGGGGCGUAGAACUUGGUCAAGAACUGACUGCAGCCUCUCUCAACAAUACAAUCACAAAGAAGACUCAAAUGGCAUGGGCUGAGAUCAAUUUGAUGGGAUGUAGUGUUAAGAACUGUGGAAAGGUGUCACCCGAGAAAAAUACCACCAAGAUUGUUUUGGUGUGCAAGUAUGAAUUACCAGAUAACCUAUCUUCUUCUGGCAUGUAUAAACCAGGAAAGGCGUGCACGUCUUGCGAUGAAGGAUUCAAGUGCGAGACUGAUUCCGGAUUGUGCGUCUGA